CUCAAGUAAAGUAUGUGGAGACUGCUUCCACUGCUGACCUACACACAGUAAUACCAAGACACACACAUGUUUACUCACUUUCAUUUCAUUUCCAGGCCACCUGACCCUCUAUUUGUCCCCAAAACCUGCUGCUGUUCUACUGUUUGUUUUCCAGAUUCCCCUCCAAACGUCAUUACCUUAAGUGAGUUUAACGUCUGGCUUUAGGGCCAUAGUGUUGGCAGUGUCAACAACUGGUCAAGUGAAGCUGCUAUUAAAGCAUGGGCCCAGCUCCACAGUGGCAGUGGGAGGUGUGGCUGCACGCUCCACCUCUCAAAGGUCAUCUAAGUUAUGCUAAUGAGAGUGACAUCACCGGGGCAAUAUAAGAGCGCUGGGGGGGAAGAUCUGGCCUCCAAACCUCCCUGUACUGACACCAGAGGAAGCCAGUCGUCUCAGCGCUAGUUCCACCUGUCUCCACCUGCGUCCUCCUGUGGUCCUGGGGUACGAAGAAGACACCACACUGGAAAAUAUGCUGUUCUGCCAUUCCCAGCCUGAGUCCUACCACCAGCACUCUGCCAGUUACAUUAGAGAAGCUUUGGCGCCUUUUCUAAAAAACGAAGAAGCCAGGCUUAUGGCUGAAAGUAACGCCAAGGGGAGUCCGUUCCAGUACAUUCUGUGUGCAGCCACCUCGCCGGCUGUCAAACAGCAGGAGGAGACACUCACUUAUCUGAACCAAGGUCAGUCCUACGAAAUCCGUAUGCUUAACAGAAAACUAGUGGAGUAUACAGAUAUAAGCAGCAAAUAUGUAAAGAGUAUUGUACGUGUGGUGUUUCAUGACCGUCGGCUGCAGUACAUGGAGCACCAGCAGCUGGAGGGAUGGAGAUGGAACAGACCAGGAGACCGAAUCCUGGACAUAGAUAUCCCACUGUCAGUGGGGAUACUGGAGCCCCGGUCACACCCUCUGCACCUCAACACCAUUGAAUUUCUCUGGGAUCCUGUCAAGAACGCAUCUGUUUUCAUCCAGGUCAACUGCAUCAGCACCGAGUUCACCCCCAGGAAACACGGCGGUGAGAAAGGGGUGCCCUUUCGCAUCCAGGUGGACACUUUCAGCAUAAAUGAGCAGGGCGAGUUCAUGGAGCAUGUGCAGUCUGCCAGCUGCCAGGUCAAAGUCUUCAAGCCCAAAGGAGCCGAUCGCAAACUGAAGACAGACCGGGAAAAGAUCGACAAAAAGGACCUUCAAGACAGAGAAAAGUAUCAGCUUUCCCAUGAGACCACGGUGCUCAAAGAGUGUUCUCCUUGGCCUGAUGCUUUAAACCUCACCACUCACAGCAGCAGCAGUACUCCAUCUCCAGUUUAUCACAGCUCACCAACAUCGUGUUCGUUCACUGAUGGCAACUGUUCUCCAAACCAGCAAAGGGAUCUGCUCAUGCCCAGCUGCUCUGAUCACCUUCUGCCUUCGUCUUCGGCGCAGGACACUCAGCAGUGGCUGCACCAUCACAGGUUCUCGCCUUUCUCAAGGCUCUUCUCCAGCUUCUCAGGUGCAGACCUGUUGAGGAUGAGCAGGGACGAUCUGAUCCAGAUCUGUGGUCCAGCGGACGGCAUCCGCCUUUUCAACACCAUGAAAGGAAGAUCUAUUCAGCCACGUCUCACCAUCUACGUUUGUCCACAGCCGAUAGUGAAGCCAGGAGUUGGCGACAUAGUCUACCAUGCCCUGUACCUGGAGGAGCUGACGCUGCUGGACCUGUCGGAUAAGAUUGCCAUGUUGUAUAGCAUCACACCACAGCGAAUCACACACAUCUACAGACAGAAACCCACUGGAAUCCACGUCUUAGUCACUGAUGAGAUGGUGCAGAACUUCAAGGAGGAGACGAGCUUCAUUAUUAGCACAAUGAGAGAUGAAAACAGCGAUGGCUACCACAUUGUGUUAAAAUGACCAAAGGAGCCAAACUUUCAGCUUAAAACAGUGGGAUUGUACAGGUUGUAUAUAUGUUUGUCUAGUGUGACAUUUGCUAAAAUGUGCUGUACAGUAAAAUACUCCAGAGUGCUCAAUUUACUGCUGUUGUGGUUUACUUGGUUUCCUUUGAUUUUCCCAUUUCAUUUGUAUUUUUUUAAGUUAGUCGUUACUAUUUCAUAUGCUGUGCAAUUAGAGGUUAAAAUUACUUCCCCAUGUAUAUGUAAAUUACUUCCUUAAACAAAUAUUCAUGCAAAUCAAAGCUUUUCAUUCAGAUAAAGAAAGGUACAUGUCACACAUGGUCAUGCAGAGUAAUGUAAAAGGCGAAAGAAUAAACUGUGCUGUCUCAUUUUAAUGUAAUGUAUUAAACUAUGUGGACUGGUUUUAU